UGCUGCGGGGUGCUUCAGAGGUCUUCUGGAUUGAAGAGCCUUGCUUCUUGCCCUUCUGUGUCUGAAGACAACGGAAAAGAGCAAAGAUGGUCGAGGCUUUCUGUGCUACCUGGAAGCUGACAGAUAGUCAGAAUUUUGAUGAGUAUAUGAAGGCCCUGGGGGUUGGUUUUGCCACUAGGCAGGUGGGCAAUGUAACCAAACCAACAGUGAUCAUCAGUCAGGAAGGCGACAACGUGGUGAUAAGGACUCAGAGCACUUUCAAAAACACAGAGAUUAGUUUCCAUCUGGGAGAAGAAUUUGAUGAAACCACUGCAGAUGACAGAAAUUGCAAGUCGGUGGUUAACCUAGAUGGUGAUAAACUCAUUCAUGUGCAGAAGUGGGAUGGCAAAGAAACAAAUUUUGUAAGAGAAAUUAAGGAUGGCAAAAUGGUUAUGACUCUUACUUUUGGUGACGUGGUUGCUGUUCGCCACUAUGAGAAGGCGUAGAAAGAUUCUUCAUCUGCAGCUGGAGAAAUGAUCUAAUUUCUCUGUUUACUUGAGUCUCAGUACUAUCCUGUUAUUCCAGCAGGUGAUUGACCACCAAUUAGAAGGCCAUCUUUGGUGUGGUAAAGGAAAAUUGUGAUAAAAAAUUUAUUUCAAUGGAUGUUACUUCAAGUAACUCCCCCAAUUUUGGUGAGCUAAUUUAUCAUGUUUUAUAAACAACAUUAAAAUUUUCAGUCACAUUUUUAUAAAGAAACAGACACAUUUUAUAAUUUUUACUGUAAUGUAAAUUAAAUUGGAAUAAAAGUCUUGCAUCCAUGA